CUUUUCCUUUUUUCUCUGCCGCCGCCGCCGCUAUUUUUCAUUUCUCCUCGUCGUCAUUGUUUAAAUUCACUGUUGUUGUUGGUGACCGGUGGUUGACUCCCGGUGACAAUGGAUGAAAGCAGUAACAGAGAAGAUCAAUUUCAAUAAACCUAGGCCGACGCUUAACAAUCCAAAAGAAGAACCUCAUUUCCUAUUCUCCGCCGGUGACGAGCCAUCUCUUUACGGCACAAUCGCGCUUCGAGACUGUCCCGUGGGCAAAAGAUGCUGAGACGGUGCACGAAAAAUCUCGUUCUGAAUUUUUCCGCUCUCCAUCGUCUCCAAUCUCACACUCCUCAUAGUUGCUUUUGGUUGAUUAUCAGUAUGCUAAGGAGAAAUUCGAGCUCGCUUUGGAGGCUGUUAAUUCCAAUACGCAUUGCUAGAUAUUGGUUGCCUAAAUUGCAUUUGAAAUACCAUGUUCCUGGUGCUUGUAAGGCCAUGUGA